AAACUAACCACUACUACUACCACUUCAUCCAAACUUAAAACCCAUAAAACUAAUACCACCUCCAUUAUCAACCCUACUAAAAGACCCCCUAAAACCUCAAACCCCGAACCCCAUGUCUCAGGAUACUCUUCAAUAGCCAUUGCAGUAGUAUAACCAAAAACAACCAUCAUACCCCCCAGAUAAACUAAAAACAUCAUCAAACCCAUAUAAGCCCCCCCACAACUUAAAACAAUCACACAACCAAUCACACCACUAACAAUUAACGCCAGACCCCCAUAAAUAGGAGAAGGCUUAGAAGAAAACCCCACAAACCCCAUAACUAAUAAAACACUCAAUGCAAACAAAAUAUACGUCAUUGCUUUCACAUGGACUCCAACCAUGACUAAUGGUACGAAAAACCAUCGUUGUAUUUCAACUAUAAAAGCACCAAUGACUCCAAUACGCAAAUCCAACCCAAUCCUAAAAAUAAUUAAUCGCUCCCUCAUCGAUUUACCCGCCCCACCCAACCUCUCCAUAUGGUGAAACUUUGGCUCACUUCUUGCAGCCUGCCUAAUUUUACAAAUCAUCACAGGCCUACUCCUAGCAAUACACUACUCACCAGACACCUCCUCCGCCUUCUCCUCAAUUGCACAUAUCACCCGAGAUGUAAAGUACGGCUGAAUCACUCGCUACCUCCACGCCAAUGGUGCCUCUAUACUCUUCAUUUGCCUUUUCCUACACAUCGGUCGGGGCCUUUACUACGGCUCAUACCUCCUCCUAGAAACCUGAAACAUUGGUAUUAUACUCCUUCUUAUAACUAUAACAACGGCUUUCAUGGGUUAUGUUCUCCCAUGAGGCCAAAUAUCAUUCUGGGGAGCAACAGUAAUCACAAACCUGCUAUCAGCAAUCCCGUAUAUCGGAACCAAUCUCGUCCAAUGAAUCUGAGGAGGAUACGCCAUCGACAGCCCUACUCUCACACGAUUCUUCACCUUACACUUUAUCCUACCCUUCAUCAUCAUCGCCCUCACAACCGUGCACCUACUAUUCCUGCACGAAACAGGAUCAAACAACCCUUGCGGAAUCUCCUCCGACUCAGACAAAAUCGCCUUCCACCCCUACUACACAACCAAAGACAUCCUGGGCCUAGUCCUCCUUCUCUUCAUCCUAGCAACACUAACACUACUCUCACCCAACCUCCUAAACGACCCAGACAACUACAUUCCAGCCGACCCAUUAAACACUCCCCCACAUAUCAAACCAGAGUGAUACUUCCUAUUUGCAUACACAAUCCUACGAUCCAUCCCCAACAAACUGGGAGGCGUACUAGCACUCUUUCUAUCGAUCCUCAUUCUAGCAGCCAUCCCUAUACUUCACAAAUCCAAACAACAAAGCAUAAUAUUCCGCCCACUCAGCCAAUUUCUAUUCUGACUCCUAAUCACAAUCCUAUUGACCCUUACCUGAAUUGGAAGCGAACCAGUAGUCCAACCCCUUACCACUAUCGGCCAAGUAGCAUCCAUAAUAUACUUCAUCACAAUUCUAAUCCUAAUACCACUGGCCUCCCUAAUCGAAAACAACCUACUCAAGUGAACUUGCCCUCGUAGUAUAAAUUAGUACACUGGCCUUGUAAACCAGAAAUGAACACUCUUCCUAGGGCAGUCAGAAAGAAAGUACCUAACUCCACCACCAACACCCAAAGCUGGCAUUCUAAUUUAAACUACUUUCUGCAUUCUUAUAUUGCAUAAGCUUCAUAAAUAACUCUAGCACCAAUCCACCCAUAAUACUACUAUGUAAUUCGUGCAUUACUGCUAGCCAACAUGUAUAAUAUAUAGUACUAUAUAUGCUUAACUGUACAUAACACAUAUUAUUACAUACCAACUUGACAUUCCAAACAGCAUGCUUACAAGCAAGUAUCCUAAUACAAACCUCAACAGUAACACAUAACAUGGUUCCCUCGGACUUAACUUGUCCCCCCUCAUGAAUAUCAACUAAACCAGUCCUUGCCAGUCGUCCAUAGUACAUUAAAUCGUUCAUCGGACAUAGCACAUAUCUAUUAAAUAACCCUCCUCACCACGGAUGCUCCCCUUCACUUAGGAAUCCCUUACUCACCAUCCUCCGUGAAAUCAAUAUCCCGCACAAGAGUGCUACUCUCCUCGCUCCGGGCCCAUAACUCGUGGGGGUAGCUAUACCUGAACUGUAUCCGGCAUCUGGUUCUUACCUCAGGGCCAUAACAAUCAAGAUCGCCCACACGUUCCCCUUAAAUAAGACAUCUCGAUGGAUCACGGGUCUAUCACCCUAUUAACCAGUCACGGGAGAUUUCCAUGCAUUUGGUAUCUUUUAUCUCUGGUCUGCACGCAACCCCAUUGCAGAAUGCUGACUCCCACCACAUCCCGUCCUGUAUGCGCCUGUCUUUGAUUCCUAGUACAUGCAGUUGUUGAUCGCACCUACGUUCAAUAUUCUAGCUCCACACAAACCUUAGCAAGGUGUUAUUUAAU